AUGAGGGCUCUGCACCGCAUGCGGUUCAACUCGGAACUGCAAGCUCUACAUCAACAAUACGGACAUGUCGUGCGAGUCGGACCCAACGAAGUCUCAUUUGCUUCACUUGAAGCGGAAACAGCAAUUUACGCGAAACAAGAGGACGGUCGCUUUUCCAAGGAUGGGACCUUCUUGACGCUUUUCUCGGACCUCGUAUUGAACGCUCCGACCCUCAUCACCAUACCUGACCCUGUACUUCACAGGAAAUUGCACAAGGUGAUCCAGCAAGCCUUCACCUCUCAAGCGCUUGCAAGGCAGGAACCCAUCCAGAAGCUGCAUAUUGAUAUGGCCAUGUCCGAAUUUGAAGAACUCGCCAAGAGCGGCGGUACCGUGGACAUCGCUGACACAUUGGAGACGAUGUUCUGGGAGAUCAUUGGUGAUCUUGCUUUCGGUGAACCUCUCAUGUCUGGAAAGCGCCGUAAGUUGAAAGCGGUACCGUGGAUAUGCCGGCAGAAAUAA